AUGCCAGCAAGGACGCGUUUACAGGCUGCGCGAGAAAAAGAGGAGCAGCUUCGGACGCUACAGGGUACCGAUCGGAGUGGACGCGAAAGUAGGCACUCCAGCGACGAGAGUGCAUCCAGCAGUGGGGAACCCAGCGUCCAAAGCGAUGGUGUAGAGCCGUCCCAGACCGACAGUGGAACCAGUCGCGGGCUCACUCUUUCUGACCCAGCUCUGUCCGCCUCCGGAGAAGGCGAUGAGGUUGGAUCGCUUGGAGGAGGGCCAUCGAACUCCCGAUCGGACCAUAGCCAGGAAAAGCAGAGCGAGGAAGCGCAAGAAACAUAUAGAGCACCGUAUGGAUCGUGGUAUGCCACAGAGAACAAGGUACACAUUGAACAAAGUGCACCUGCCGCCAACGAGGCUCCAUCGACCACCAACGACAGGCUUGAUGCAGAAAAGCAGAGAGUGUUGAGCUUGUUUAGGGCAUAUAGCGCGAACAGUCGUCUCAAAACGCUCAGGUCAUACGUGACCAGAGCGAAAAACAAAGAAAAUUCUUUCCGACAUACCAUCGAGUACUGGUUCAUGGGUGCGGGACUGGCCGACUCUCUCAAUCGUGGAAGUUCGCUAGAGCAGAUUUGCAAGUCGUGUGGCUUCGAGGAACCAAGACAUUUGCGAACGAUCCGUCGAUGGAAGCGCGCAUGUGCGAGGAAAGAGCGACUGGAGAAGGCCCUGAAGACGGAGGAGGACGUGUUCGAGCGAGACGCGAAUGAUGUGAUCUGGAAUGCCAUUUCGCACCUGAGUCCUGAUCUCUUGAAGUCUGACUUCCUUGGUGACCUCCAUGGGCAUGAUAGGGCGUUCCGGCCAGAUCCGCCACCGGAGCGAUCGCUUCUGAGUGGUGUGCGAUGCAAACUGCCCAGUGAACCCAGUGAAGUUUCGAUGCUGGGCGCACCUGGAGAAGCAGGAUUCGAGGACGACGCGUCGAUGGUGGCCAAAGAAAUAAUUGAGGACCCUUCCUCUGCGAGUUCCGUCCAAGAACAGGCCGAGGAGACCGUGUCAGCUUGCGAGGCAAGAGAGCUGCAAGAGGCCCGAGCCAAGGCAAGGGAAGAGUAUUUACAAGCCAAGAGCAGACUGGACGCAUCUCGGAACCACUACGAGCGGUGGCUGAAGUAUUAUCGCUUCGAACCCAAGUUCCAAACCUCUGAAGAGGCCGAGAAUUACCACCUGCGAACGCUGGCGGACAAUACACGGACUGUGAUCCACAGAGAGGUGGCAUACGACGCUGCAGCGGAAAACGCACGACACUUGCAGGCAAUGAACACGAACAGCGUGUCAUCUCGAUUUCCAGACGCCUAUGCGGAGGAAUGGCAGAAAGCUGUUAAUGACGAGGCCGAGUGGUCAUUGAGUCGAUUGAAGCCUGAGAGAAUAGAAAGAUGGCGUGGAAACGUGUUGAAGGCGCAGUGUGGAGAGUCCUUAGGCGACAUGGAUGACGCAGAACUGACGGUUAGAGACGAGGAAGAUGACAUCUCAAAUCUCAGAGGCGUGUAUUUUGGCGAAUCAAGUUCGAUGCUUGCGUAUUCGACCCGCCAUGGAGAUAAGAUUAUGAAUUGGGGGAUCGAGGCGGAACGUAUCUGGGAAGAGAUGACUAUAUCGUCGCAUUCCGGAGAACCAACGGAGGUCGAACGGACGGACCAAGAAGGGAUGGACAUCGACGAUGCUAAUGCUCGGGAUGCAGACCAUGAAGAGACGAGAGACCAAGGCAAGACAGGGUCCGAAGCGAGUAGUAGCGGCAGUGAUCCGUACUGUGGAUUUUGGGGUGUCCAGAAGUGCUCCAUAGUUUAG